AUGGGCCUCUUCAGCAAGAAAGACAAGUCCGCCUCGGACGCCGCCAGCGACGCCGACCGCAACGCCCUCUUCGGCAGCAAGAAGGGCUCGCCCGCCCCCUCGUCCGCCAACCCGUACGCGCAGCCCCCCGGCGGCGCCGCUCCUCCCCCCUACUCCGGCGGCGGCCUCAGCGACCGCGCCCGCGCCGAGAAGAGCCCCGUCCCGCCGGGCGGCUACGGCGCCGGUGGAGCCGCGUACGGCGGCAGCGGUGCGUACGGCCAGGACAGGUACGGCGGUGGAGCCGGUGCCGGCGGCGGCACCACGAGCAGGUACGGCGCGGGCGGAUACGGAGGCAUGGGCGACUCGGACGCGGGCAGGCAGGAGCUGUUUGGCAACGCCGCGCAGAGGGCGCAGCAGCAACCUGCGGGGCCUGGCGGUCCGUACAGCAGCACGGUGGGAGGCGCGAACAAUGCCGCGUACGGCUCGUAUGCGGACAGGCAGCUGACGCAGGAGGAAGAGGAAGAGGAGGACGUGGCCGCGGCGAAGCAGCAGAUCAGGUUCAUGAAGCAGCAGGAUGUUUCGUCAACGAGGAACGCGCUCCGUUUGGCCGCUCAGGCUGAAGAGACGGGUCGGGAUACUUUGGCGCGAUUGGGCGCGCAGGGAGAGAGAAUCCACAACACGGAGAAGAACCUCGAUCUCGCGGAGAACCAGAACAGGCUUGCGGAGGAGAAGGCGCGCGAGCUCAAGACGCUGAACAAGUCCAUGUUUGCCAUGCACGUCUCCAAUCCCUUCACCGCAUCUAAGCGCCGCGAGGCCCGCGACCAAGCUAUCAUCGACACGCACCGCAAGGAGAAGCAGCAACGCGAGGACACGCGCGCGGCGGCGUACGAUUCUGCGCAGCGCCAGCAGCAGAUGCAGAAGGACGUCAACCGCCCAGGCAACUUCGGCGGCAGCAAGCAGGCUAGCCUGGCUGAGCGCUCCAAGUACCAGUUCGAGGCUGACUCCGAGGACGACGAGAUGGAGAACGAGAUUGACAGCAACUUGGACGCCCUGCACGGCGCCGCCGGCCGUCUCAAGGGCCUGGCCGCGGCCAUGGGCAACGAGGUCGACCAGCAGAACAAGCACAUCGCCCGCAUCACGGACAAGACCGAUCGUGUCGACGAGCAGAUCGUGAUGAACCGCUCGCGUCUGGACCGCAUCAAAUAA